AUCAUUUCCAAACAGGGAGCAGCCAGACCGAUUUAAGGCAGGCAGAGUAAUAGCAAGUAUUCAGUCAGAGCAGAGUGAAGCUUUGUGGAGAUGAAUAUCUCAUACCUCCUUACCCUGAUAGUGCUGGGCAGCUGCUGUUGCCAAGGUGUCCUGUCCUGUCCACACUUGUGCACUUGCUACUUUUCCACCAAUACCACCCAGGUGGUCUGUAGCAAUUCCUCCCUCUCCCUUUUUCCUGAGCAUGGUCUACCAGACAACACUACUUUCCUGUCCAUCGAAUUCACCAACAUCAGCUCCAUUUCUGCACAUCACCUGAAGGCCACACCCCUCCUGCAGGAGCUGCACCUGUCAGGUAACCAGCUACACCAGCUGCCAGCAGACCUUCUGAGUGGCCUCCCGCACCUCCACACGCUGGACCUCACAGGCAACCAGCUGGAACACCUGCCCCCAGGUGUGUUCCACCAUGCCCCUCUGCGUGUCCUGGUGCUGAGAGACAACAGGUUACUCACAGCUGACGCCCACUGGCUCCCCCCGAACAGCAGCCUCACCUGGCUGGACCUGGCGCAGAACCGGCUGAGUUCUGUACCCACGGCCCUGCUGCAGAACCUGCCCCACCUGGAGAUACUGCACCUGAGCCAGAACUGGCUGGAGAAACUCCCCGCUGGUGCUCUGAAUUCACUGACUUGCCUGAAGAGGCUUCACCUGGAUGGGAACAAGCUGAGGUCCCUGGACCCCUCAUCCUUCCAGCAGAUCCCCAACCUGAAGGACCUGUUCCUGCAGGAAAACCAGCUGGAGAAGCUGCCCCCAGGUCUCUUGCAGGGGCUCGGCCAGCUGGACGUCCUGAGUGUGAGCGGAAACCGCCUGCGUAGCCUGGCCCCAGGCCUGCUGAGCAAGCUGCCAUCACUGGGCAGCAGCGCAGGACAGGGGGUGGACCUCUCCCUCAACCCCUGGCAGUGUGAGAAGGACGUGGCCUAUCUGUGGGAGUGGCUCAGAAGUCACCAGGAGAUUUCAUUCUCUCUGGAGGAUGUUCAGUGUGCUGCACCAGAGGCACUGAAGGGGAGACCUGUCAUCUCCCUGACAGCGGGAGAGUGGGGAGGGUCUAGCUGAAGUGGAGGAGGGUCCUGGACAGUCAGAGCGUAGAGUGCUCCACCUCAUCCAGCUUCAGGGUGGUUUAAACCCUGGGGUGCUGUCAGAAACAAAACUGCAGCCAAUCUCACUAUUACCCCACACUCUGCUUACCUGCAGAACCAGCCAUGUAAGACAGAUUUAUGUUAUUGUGGAAUCACUGAAAAGAACACAAUAAAUGAUAUUCUGUAACAAU